AAGACGAAGUCGCUGCGAAACAAGUUUGACCUUCUCCAAGUUAAGUUCCAUCCUCUUUCCUCCUCAAACACGCGCAAAAUUCAUAAUCAUCGUCGUUCUUCGAUUCUUUAUUCAUCAAAUUCGCAAAACCCUUCUCAUAAAUCACCUUCUCACCCUAAUUCCUUUUCACUCCACCUGCUUUUUUCAUUUUUUUUGUUAACUCUCCUUUUUCUAGCCUUCGUUUUUUUUUUCCUUCUUUGGGAGAAAGGUUUGAUCCUCAGAUCUGAGGAACCUCGUCGCCACCGAAGAUGGGUAUCUGCUGCGCGAAGCUGUCCACGGCGGAGGAAGCGGGGAACAAGAAGGGCAAAAAGGGGAAAAAAGAGAACCCCUUCGCUAUCGAUUACGGGUUUAACAACAGCGCCAACGCCAACGGCUCUAAGCUCACCGUUUUGAAGUCUCCCACGGGCCGCGAGAUCGAGGCCCGCUACUUGCUGGGCCGCGAGCUGGGCCGGGGCGAGUUCGGCGUCACGUACCUCUGCACGGACAAGGAGAGCGGCGAGGAGCUUGCCUGCAAGUCCAUUUCGAAGAAGAAGUUGAGGACCGCCAUCGACAUCGAGGAUGUGAGGAGGGAGGUUGAGAUCAUGCGCCACUUGCCGCAGCAUCCCAAUAUCGUCACCUUGAAGGACACCUAUGAGGACGACAAUGCCGUUCAUCUCGUUAUGGAGCUUUGCGAAGGCGGAGAGCUCUUCGAUCGCAUCGUUGCGCGUGGCCACUACACCGAACGCGCCGCCGCCGCUGUCACCAAAACCAUCGUCGAAGUCGUUCAGAUGUGCCACAAGCAUGGCGUGAUGCAUCGGGAUCUUAAGCCGGAAAACUUUCUAUUUGCAAAUAAGAAGGAAACCGCAGCUCUGAAGACUAUAGAUUUUGGGUUGUCAGUGUUCUUUAAACCAGGGGAAAGGUUUAAUGAGAUAGUUGGAAGUCCAUAUUACAUGGCUCCUGAGGUAUUGAAGCGGAAUUACGGACCAGAAGUAGAUAUCUGGAGUGCUGGAGUAAUUCUAUACAUCUUACUUUGUGGUGUUCCACCAUUUUGGGCAGAAACUGAGCAAGGAGUUGCACAAGCAAUCAUACGAUCUGUUGUUGAUUUCAAAAGGGACCCAUGGCCUAAAGUUUCUGAUAAUGCGAAAGACCUUGUGAAGAAGAUGCUAGAUCCUGAUCCAAGGCGGCGGCUAACUGCACAGGAAGUGUUAGAUCAUCCGUGGUUACAAAAUGCGAAGAAAGCUCCUAAUGUUUCUUUAGGCGAAACAGUCAGGGCAAGGCUCAAGCAAUUUUCUGUAAUGAACAAGCUUAAGAAAAGGGCUUUAAGGGUGAUCGCAGAGCAUUUGACAGUAGAAGAAGCUGCUGGGCUAAAAGAGGGAUUCCAGCGAAUGGAUAUAAACAACAGAGGCAAAAUUAACAUUGAUGAACUACGAGUAGGGUUGCAUAAAUUAGGCCAUCAAGUUCCUGAUUCAGAUGUCCAAAUUCUUAUGGAAGCUGGUGAUGUAGACAGGGAUGGACACCUAGAUUAUGGAGAGUUUGUAGCUAUCUCUGUUCAUCUGAGAAAGAUGGGAAAUGAUGAGCAUCUUCGAAAAGCCUUCCAAUUUUUUGAUGAAAACCAAAGUGGGUAUAUUGAGAUUGAAGAACUGCGUGACGCGUUAUCUGAUGAUGUUGAAACAAACAGUGAAGAAGUUAUCAAUGCAAUUAUGCAUGAUGUGGACACAGACAAGGAUGGAAGAAUAAGUUACGAUGAAUUUGCUACAAUGAUGAAGGCUGGGACAGAUUGGAGAAAAGCAUCAAGACAGUACUCGCGAGAGAGGUUUGCGAGUCUGAGUCUGACUUUGAUGAGAGACGGGUCAUUGCAUUUAAACAAUGAAAAAACGGAGGGUAGAUGACCACUUUAGAAAUGCCAAUUUUACUUUGGAAAAGGAAAAAUGAUAAAGAAGUCUUUUAUUUUAUUUUUUAAUUUUAACUUCUCUUGAUUGUAAUUCUUUUCUCUAUACCCCAUUCUUUAAAAAAUGGGUGAAAAAAAGUUAGGAUAUUGGAUCCAAUAGUGUUUCUGAUUUGAAUUGUGCCUCUUUGGUUUGUUGAGGUUGUUGUGGUAGGAGAUAGAAGAGGGGAGUGGUGGACAACAUUGGACAAUUUUUCAUUUGUGGCUGUAAAUAUUUUAAAAUUAUCAUGCUUUGUAUUUCA